AUGUCGGAAGAAGGCGAUUUCAACCCUGAAACACAGAUUGUGAUCAAAUCUAUAAGCCUUUUGCUAGAAGAACUUGAUGACAGGCACGCUAAGGAGACGAAAUAUUACGAAGACAUUUUUCAGAAACGCAUUUCCGAAGCAGUGAACAAAAAGAGGAUUAAAAAAGAAGUGAAGAAAGAAAGAGACGAUUUGGACGACCGUCACGAAAAAGAAAAGAGUCGCCUUUUAUUUUCGGAAAACGACGAGAUCAUCCUCGCUAAGCUCAGUCUUGAGGAAAAAGAAUCAAUCGCAGAUUCAAAAGGAGAAGAAUCAGAGAAGAGCGAAGAAACGAACGCUCAAGUGGAGAAGGAAAGCAAACUUUCGAAAACGGCGAAGAGGCGACUCAAGAAAGAGCAAGAAGAGAAAGAGAGGAAGGAAAGAAUCAAGGCUGCUAUUGAUGAGGAAAACGAGAAAUUCCUGCGCGGCGAACUGACCCCAGCGGCGGUGGAGAAGGAGCGUCUCAAUAAUUUACUCAAGCAAAAUGGACUCAAGCGAAAGUCGGUUCCCAGCGACGGUGACUGUAUGUUCUCUUCUCUCGUGCAUCAAAUGAAAAAGAACAGGCCGAGAAUUUCGGUCGAAGAAUUGAGAGAAAUUGCGGCCGAGCAUUUAUUGAAGAAUAAAGAACAGUUCGCUGCGUUUUUGGAAUCAGACAUAGAGCUGUACUGCCAGAAAUUAGUGAACGAGCCAAUCUGGGGAGGUCAAAUCGAACUGACUGCUUUGGCGGCUGCAUUAGAAACGCGGAUUCGUGUCAUUCAGGCCGAGUCACCGAACGAGCUUUUCUUUGGCGAAGAGAAAAAUGACGAAGAGAAACUUUUGACGAUUAUUUACUGCCGACACUUGUACGCUUCGGGAGAGCAUUAUGAUUCUGUCGAGGCGAUUUAG